AUGGAACCGAAUGGCUUAGAUCUUUUACUCUCUAUUAAUCCUAUUGAUGUUGUUGGAAGCUCGGUGGUGGCAAACUCGGUACCACAAAUCUUGGUAGAGGAAAGUUAUGCAGUGGAAAGUUUGAAGGAUGGGAGCUUAAAAAUGAAAAGCUCUGUAGUAGGAAGCUUUGAUUGGGAAUAUCAUUCGGAGGAAAAUAUGAUAGAACUUGAUGAAGGAGAUGAAAAUGUGAACCAAUGUAUCUAUGACAUGGAGAAGGAGAAGCAUGUUAUAUAUGACUAUGAAGAUGAAGCAUCUUUUCUUGAAGCAUGGGAAAAUUUACUUGAAAAAUUUAACUUAAGAGAGAACCCAUGGCUUUUGAAAUUAUUUGGAGAAAGGAAAAAAUGGGCUAUGGUAUAUGGUCGGCAUAUUUUUUGUGGAAACAUGAUGAGCACUCAAAGAAGUGAGAGCUUUAAUAGUCUAUUGAGGAAUUACUUAACAUCAAAACUCGGGGUAGCAAGAUUUUUUGAACAAUUUGAGAGAGUUCUUGAAGAUAGGCGGUAUGCAGAACUUCAAGAAGAUUACAAGAUGAUGGAUCAAUCAAUAUCAUCAAAGGAGUUGUGCCCGAUCUUGAGACAAAUGGUGCAAUUGUAUACUCCUAAUAUUUUCCAAAAGUUGAAGGAAGAACACAAUAAGAUUCUUUAUGUGAUGGUUGAAUUAUUAAGUGAAAGAAAUCAUUCGAAGACCUACAAGGCUAUCCAUGUUGAUGCUCCUCAUCAUGCUAGUGUAGUGACAUUUGAUUCCUCAAAUGAGACAAUUGAGUGUAGUUGUAAAAAAUUUGACUUUUCAGGGAUUCCUUGUAUGCACAUGUUGCGUGUCUUGGAUGUAAAUCAGAAAUUUGUGCUUCCUAGUAAGUAUAUAUUGAAAAGAUGGACUAGGAAAGCACGAGAUAUUGAUACUUGUAUUUUUGUCUCUACCAUGGCGGAAGAGGAUCCUAUUGUGGCAAAAAGCAAGAGAUACAUGGAUAUGUGCCAUCGUUAUCAAAAAUUAAUUUCAGAAGCAUCUAAAUGUGAAGAAGCUUAUAAAGAGGUGGUGCGUCAUUAUUUUGUGCUUGAUGCGAAGGUGAAGGAUAUUGUGAAGAUGUCUCACUCAGGAAGGGAAGAUUGUCUAUCAACAGAUGAUGUAUAUAAUCAUAAUUUAACUUGUGACUACUCUGAUGCUAGAGGAUUAGCUAUAAGGCAUAAGCCAAGUCGUGGAGGUCGUAGCACUAAAAGAAUCAAAGGUAUUGGUAGCAAUUAUCCUAAAGAAUUGUCCUUAAGUAAUCUUGCUGAUGAAGAUGUACUUUUGAAAGAAUCAUUUUGUCCUUUGAUUUUUUAA